AUGUCUCACACUCACCCACUGCUCCCUCUCCACAUGUCUUUGGACAGCUACAAGAGGCAGGUUGCUGAGAGGUUAGGGGCAUUUCCCUCCAUGGUUCCCUGCUGGUUCUUUGUGGCCAUGCUGGCCCCUCUGGUGUUAGCCCUGGAACAGUCUCCAGAUAUGGUGAUAAAAGAAGGCCAGUCCGUGAAUCUGCAAUGUUCAAAGAUGCAAUCCUCCAGCACAGCUAUGUACUGGUUUGUGCGGUAUUCCAAGAAGAAUUCCAGUCUGACCCAGUUGGUUUAUGCAUUCGAAGGUGGUAAUGCAGCAGUGGAGAAGGGUUUUGAGAGCCAUUUCAAGAGCAGCAAGAUAAAAGGAGACAGUAUCACCCUCUCAAUAGAACAUGCCUUUCUCAAUGACUCUGGCACCUACUACUGUGCUGAGAAUGAUCACAGUGGCUGGGCCCUUCAGCAAUCACCAGAUACAAUCGUCCGGGUGGGAGACACCGUGACUCUGGAAUGUUCUGCAUCAGGGAAAGAUUUCGUAAACAUGUACUGGUACAAGCUACCCGUGGAGAAGGAUGCCAGUAUGCAGUUGGUUGUAUAUUCCGUGGAAGGUGGCAAAGCAGAUAUUGAGAAGGAAUUCAAAAAUCGCUUCCAGAGCAGUGGGACUAGGAACAACCAUUUAUCUGUGAAGAUACAGCCUGCCCUCCUCAAUGACACAGGCACAUAUUUCUGUGCUGAAAGUAAUCCACAGUGACUCAAAGGCAGGUGCAGCAUAGCACAAAGGAUUGCAGG